CCCUGUCUCAUGCUCCGAGACGGACGAGAUCCUCAGCCUGAGCGAUUCGCGAUCGCCGUCCAUAUCAGCAUGCCUAACGUCCAAGUCAGGCAGAGGCGCCCAUCCGCGACAGGGCCGCGGCUGCAUGUGCCCGACUGGUGGAAUAGAGAUCCGUACAGCCACGGGCCACAGCAAUCCCGACACCUGGUGCCCAGCAACGCCGGGCUGCCUGGCCCCAGCGGGCGGCAUUCCUAUUCAGCGGGCGCCCCUCCAGAGAAUAAUGCCAGAUCCCGUCCCCAUUCGUGGCGGGAUGACGAAAAUGAUAGCUAUAAUGACGAUGCUUCCGAGUCUGACGACUACUAUUCGCGAAGCGCAGAUUCCGGUUUCCUCAACGACGGCGAUGUCAUAGUCCCAAGCUACGACAAUGCCGGAUUCCAUUCCAAAUGCGACCCCGAUGAACCAGCCAACGUGGCCAUCAACCUCGAGCUUCAUAUCACUGCGAACAUCGACCACGAGUUGGACACCUUCGAACGAUUGAGGCGUACUGGUGACGUGAGGGCAGCUCACGAGUUCUUUCGUUGCAGUCUCGAGGCCUACACGUCUGACGACCUGUAUGUCUCCGUCAAGUACGCCGAGUUUUUGCUCGACGUUGGCGACUAUAAAGCGAUUACGGCGCUCCCGGAACCCAAGGAAUAUAUUUCCGAUCCCGGAUUCACGAAAGCUGCAUCUUACGGGGCUUGGACACGCCUCUUGCUCAGCUUCCGUUGGAAGCUCACAACGGGCUUCGCGAAAAGCAUCACCGGCGGGCGCAGUAGCGCAUACGGUGAUGCAAUAGAAAUGCUAGACGGAUUUACUUUCCACACACCCCCGCAACAUUUCGAGCUCCAACUAAUGGUCUUGGUUCUCCGGGUUUUGCGGUUGGGCUACCAAGGGCUUCAUCCCGACUUGCAGUCGAGGCUUGUGGGUUGGAUCCAGUGGGGUAGUAUCGUGGACAAUCUCAUGGAUGAUGGUCGCGUUUGGGAUCUUUGCGAUUUCGUCGCAGCGACGCAUUGGCUCCUGCCGGCCAUGCCAUGGCUCAGCCACAAGGGAGUUCAGCCCUUCGAUCCCGGCUCGCUGAGCUCCCGCCCACAGAACUCCGAGGCCGCCAUCCUCGCGAGCUUGAAUCUGGCGGUAGAGUCGUGCCUCAACCCGCCGAUCACCGUUUUGAAUGGCGUUUUGACUGUGACGCAUAAACAUCGCCCCUUGGCGGCGUCUUUAGCGCGGCGCAUCAUGGAAGACUACCCGGAAGCCGUGAGAAGUCGAGCGUAUCUACGAUGGCUUCUUUACGAGGCGGCAGCUGAAGGUUGUGAGACCGACCCAGAAGUCCGAAGAGUGCCCUACACAUGCACAGUCAACCCGGCGUACUUGAACUAUCCAGGGACGACAUACUCCUUUGGAUCAGGUUUUAUCUUGCUGCCAGUCUAUUCACCGGCUGGAACAGAAGUUCCACUCUGGGAGCCGCUGCCGAUAACGCAAGCAGGGUACAGAGCGGCGUUGUUGGUGCUCGAGACGGCCAAGGGGAUGGGCGAUGUUCCAACUCAGAUCCUCGCUUACAAAUUGCUGGCCCUGCGAGAUCCAGACCCCAGCCUGAUUCUAUGGGCAAUCUGUGACCUCCAGUCACAGCAAGGCGACUGGUAUGACCAGCUAGAGACACUCGCCUGCCAAUACAUUGGCUGCAACGACAAGGGCUCGAGGAGGAAGCUCCUCGACCAGCUGACGGCGCUACAAGAGAGGGUGGGCCCAAUGUCAGAAAUUGCGCGCGGCAGAUUAGACGUCGUCAACGCUAUAGUGUCGUCUCUCCAAUACGCCUUGGGCGUCCCCAACCAGCCUACUCCCUGGAACCCAACACCAUGGAAUCCCAGCGUCUAUCAACACCCCGUAGCUGUGCGGCCCCCUACGGUACGCGAUGCUCCUGGCUUUGGGUACUCGCGUUUGCGGCACGUAUCCGCGGCACGAGAGAGGUCACCACACAUGGUACCUGACUACCGGAAGGAUUAUCAGCCUGCACCGCCACCGGGCCGCUGGCCCGCCCAUAUUGAAAGCAUCCGUAAAUGGGAGCGGCCAAGCGCGCCCACACCUCCCGAAACCCAGGAGGCCGUCGAUGCCACCAGAGAAGAAGCUGCGAAUGCGUGGGGUGUGUCAAGGGGUACUAAGCCAUCAUAUACAAGCCGGAAAAUAGGAAAACAGCGAGAAGAGCAACCAAGCGCUGAUGACGGACGGCGGUACUCGCCAGUCCCGCUGCCUUCAGACCUGUCGAUGGUAUCUGUUGCCGCUUGUGCUAGCGAGGCGAAUGCUACAGACGGGAGCCCAACCGGCGGCCGCCAAGACAGGCCUCAUGGCCCGGAUGACGGAGCACCUGUGAUGGAUGAAUCAGCGGCGCGGCGCCAUGAAGGAGAACCCCGCCCAGGCGGGAGCAGCAGCCGUCACCGGACAGCAGGGGCUGCGCCUCCUGCUAGCCCUGGGGAUGCUCUUCGCCGCCGAGGCGACCUCCUGGCGCCGCCGGCUGGGGGGCUCAACAGGCCGCCGCGGCCGUCGUCAGUGACGAAUGACGAAUGGCUGGCGGGCAUUUACCGCUGGAGGGCCGGGGAGCGCGCGAAGGGGAAAGCUCCAGCCAGCGACGAUGAGGACAGUGGUAUGUUCGAUAGGCGAAGGGUGUCCUUUGUCGAGGUCGUGGAUGCCGACGAGGACGACGUCGGCCAGGUGGUCGAUGCCGCAGAAACAGCUGCCGCAGGGGCUGCCUCUUCUACGAACCCAGGAGAUGAUCUUCGCCGCCGAGCCGAAGUCUUGGAGCCUCCAGCCUGUGAUUCCAAGAGGCCGCCGCGCCCGUCGUCAACGACAAACGACGAAGUCCUGGCGGGCAUUGACCGUAGGAGGGUCGAGGAGCUUGACCACCAAAGCAGACAACUUACCGCGAUGGUCAAGUACCAACCGCCGCAGACUUACCAGGCACCACAUGUUUCUGACGAGAGGCCGCCCUGUCUUUGACGAGGGACUGCGCAAACAGAAGGGAUGUAGGCAAAGAUACAUGCAACUGCCAAAGCAUGCUUCUAGAUAUAUGGAAAGCCCUGCGCCGUGCCCAGUCCCAGCCCCCUGCAAUCACCCCUGUGUAGCGCCCUGCCUCUUAUAUAAGGCGAAACUGCUCAAACUCCUCCUUCUUCACAUCCUUGUCUCCGCUCAUCUUGGCUGUAAUGAUUUCGCCAUCCAUGAUGCCGUGC